CCGGACAAGCAUGGUUGAGAAGGCCUCGAAUGCGUUUACGCUGGAAAAGCUCCGCAAUCUGCAGUGGGGCAAAGUGUUCCAUCUGUUCUAUAUAGAACCGGUUGUCUUCAUGCUGCUCUUCUCGCACACCCUCUCUGGCACUAUCCAGCGCAACCAGGUCAUCUAUCAGACGUGCACGGUGAUAUUCCACUACAACGAGUCCGAUUGCAAGCAGCUGGACUCGAAGAACGCCAGCGCCGAGAUAAAUGCCAUUGAAACGGAGCUGCAGCCGUAUGUGGCCAAUCUAUUCCUCUCCCGCACGCUCCUGGAGAGCAUUGUGCCGGCCUUCUGUGGCCUGUUCAUCGGCUCCUGGUCGGAUCACUAUGGACGCAAGCCGCUGCUGAUUGUCUCGAUGAUUGGAUUUUCCGCCUCCUUCUUGAUGAUGGCCGCCAUCUGCGAGCUGUCCAGCUACUACAUGGUCAAUCCCUGGUGGUACAUUAGCCAUUCGCUGCUGGGCGGAAACUGUGUGCUCUCUGUGGCAGCCUUUUGCUUCAUAUCGGAUAUAACGGACUGCAAGACGCGGCCCUACCGAAUGAUCUUCAUGGAGUCGCUUUUCUUCAUCGGGCUGACCAGCGGCUCGCUGCUCUCCAGCUUCGUGUACGCCGCCACCGGGGCAGUGGCGACCAUAUGUCUCUCCGGCUGCAUUUCCACCUUCGCCACGCUGUUCAUCAUCUUUUUUGUGCCUGAGAGCCUCCACAUUCGCCAGGCGGAGGAUGCGAAGAAUGCCACUGCCCUCAAGGGCGACACGUCGCAGGAUGUGCCGAUGACAGCCUGCGAACUUCAGCUGUACUGCGUCGCCAUCGAUUGCCCGCCGAACAUCCUGAACGAUGCGCAUGGGGAGAAGAGAAGACCCUGCGAGCUGCCCACGCCGGCGACUCCCGCCAUGAGCUUCGACGACGACAUGCUGGCCAAGUACGUGGAGCGGCUGCCCGAGAAGGCCAAGAGGGCCAGAGCCGAGUCGGAGGCGGCGGCCCGUAUCAAGAAGGCUGGCCUAUUCAGUUUCAUCCAUAUUAAAGAUAUGAUUAACACUUACUUCAAGCUCGUCACAAUGGCCAUGUUCCUGUCAAUUUUCGUCUUUGAUGGCGUGAUGACUGUAAUGUAUUUGUUUGUGUGCGAAAAGUUCCACUGGACGGUGAGGGAUUACACAUUCUACGAGACGGUCAGUCAUCUGGUGCCCAUGAUUGGAGCGCUAAUCGGUUUCCUUGUUCUGCGGAAGGUUUUUCGCCUGUCGGUGGUUACGCUUGGCCUGCUGGCCUUCUUCUCGGAAAUACUCAACAAUCUCGCCAAGGGCUUUGCCACAAUGCCCUGGCACAUGUACUUCUCAGUAACCCUGGGCGUCUUCCGCUCCAUAUCGGGACCCAUGUGCCGGACCAUUGUUUCGAAUAUCGUGCCACCAUCGGACUUGGGCAAGAUUUUCUCCAUUAAGAAUGUGUUGCAAUCGUUUGCCCCUUUUGUUGCCGCUCCGCUCUACACGCUAAUCUACAAGCGGUCCCUCACCACAUACCAGGGACUAUUCAACUUUGUCAGCGCGUUCCUGUACCUGCUCUCGUUCAUGUUCAUUGGAUGUGUCUUGCGCAUCAAGUUCAGGCACAAGCAGCACUACGCCAAGGUGCUAAAGUGAGGUGCUGCGGCGGAUUUAUGCCUAAAUUAACAUGUGAUCAUACCUAAGUAAUAAAACUUUACGAGUCUACCGAAUUUAAUGAUGCAAAUCCA